CGAUCUUCGCUGUUCAAACCAGAGAAAGAACUCCAGCCAAUAGACAACUCCCGACGACAACCAUGUGGCAAUUUCCACCCCACGAUCCUCGUUAUCGUUAAAAAAGAAAGAUCCUGAUCAUCUCUACAAGACCCGUGCAGAGCAACAACCAAUACUGCUGAGAUAGGAGCAGUUGUCAAGGGCGUUUGCCACUGAUCCUCCCUUUCAUCAAGGGUCGAUAUCUGUUUGGUGCUGAAGUUAGUUGACGGCUGCCUUUGCCCAGAGAUUUUCAGGAUGGUUUUUCCACAGAGAGGAAGCGCUGCUUUGGCGUUGCUGGUCACCUUCGUGUUAGCAACGGCAUCCCUGGUAUCUGCUUUUUCGAAUCAGGCAAGGUUGACUGAUUAUUCCUUUUUGAAGUACGAAGAGAAGCUAGGACCCCGACACCAUGUUCCAGCCCACUCCAGGGGCUUUGAAAUGCGACUCUACGCGCCCAGUGUACUAGACGGUCGUCCAGCAGCAGCAGGAGCUCGCAGUACCCGAAGGAGCGUCAGUAGCUUGUCGGCCAUUCCAGAAAUUGAAAGAUGGCGCAUUUUGGAAGGAGGCAGUGUUCAAGGCUUUGUCAAGAAUCAUCCUGUCAUUAAAAAUGGAGAUAUCAUAACAACCAGCGCCCUCAAAGCACCCAAUGCGGUGGGUAGUCAAAUGAUUGUCACCACCAGUUCUGGCACAAAAUACAAACUGUUGGAGCCGUUGAAAAAGGACAACAAAAAGGGAACUUUCACCAUGAACAAGAGGUUUUCAGCCAAAAAAUCUCCCAGCGUCAAGUUGAGUGGCAAUGUUCCCCUUGUGGAUGAUUGGAAAUUGCUCGACAACGAUAGUGUGCAAGGCAUUGUGUUCAACCACCCCACCAUUCCUGAUGGUCAAAUAUUGGUCACGUCUACCCUAAAGAAUCCAAAGGGAGCCAAUUCCAAGGCAGUUGUUAACACCGUUUCAGGAAGCCGAUACCGAUUGGGUCAGCCGGAAUUUGCGGCCGAAGUGGCUAACAGUGGUCCGGCUGCGGCUCCUGCCAAGCCAGCCGAGGCCAAGAAAAGCAGUGGAUUCAGUUUCUUUGGCGGUGGUGCUCCCAAGAAGACAACAGCUCCACCACCACCAACUCGUGCGUCCACUCCAAACGGUGCAGCUGCUCCAGCAAAGCCCGCUGCAGAAGAUGAAAAGGAACUGCGACAGAGACGUGUUCAAGCUCAGCGCACCUAUGGCCUGAGUGGGGAAACACUGGGAGAAAACGGCCAGUAUCUCUUGGCAGGACAACCCAUGAAGAGUACAUCUGGCAAGUCCCUCAUCUUUCGAGCAUACAGGGGCGAUGACAAUGGUUUGCCCAUUGGAGAUGUAGACACCGAUGCCAUUACCAUCAAGAUCUCCACCAACAGUGAAUCUAUCGAACGAGAGGCUGGCAAUUAUCGCGCGAUUGCACAAUCUGGAUUUACUCGAGGACAGUUUGUUCAGUUUUUGGAGUAUUUGCCCGGUGACAAGCUAAACUCUAGCAUGGGUCGCAGUAAGAGCCAAAGUGCAUUGGUAAUCGAACGCGGAGAGGAAGAUCUAAAGACAUAUCUGGCUAGGCGACGAGAUGAAGGAGGAUUGUCGGGUAAAGAGUUGAGAGAGGCGGCUGCGGCUGCCAUCCAAUGCAUUCAGGCCGCGCACAGUAGUGGCUUGGUAUGGACAGACAUGAAAACGGAGAAUUUCGUAGUAACUCGAGCUGGCGAAUUCAAGGGAAUUGAUCUCGAAUCAGCAAUGCCAAUCAACGGAAACCCCGUAGACUACUCUCCUGAAGCUUGUCCUCCUGAGUUUGCCCAGGCUUUCUUGGCGGGUGAAGGUCCUUACUUCACUCUGCAACCAAACUAUGACAUGUGGAGCUUCGGAAUGAUGUGUUAUGAAAUGGCUACAGGAGCAGGGUACUUUGACAACAAGUCUCCGAUUCAGAUCACGCGAGCACUAUCCAAUAUGGAGUCUUUUGAGGUCCCGGAUGACGUUGAACUGGAUGGUAGAAUGAAGAGCUUGAUUGAAGACUGCCUGCAAGUUGAUCCGAAAAAGAGACCGUCGACGGCGCAGGUUUUGCUACACCCCUACUUCUUGACCACUGGAUUUGGACCCUUUAGUUUCUAACUUACAUCAAUAGUUUGGACCAAAACGAAGUAGUGACCCAACGAUGAAAGAGCACCCCCAAAAUGCUUACAUGUUGGUGGUCGGAUUGAAUGGUCUGUUUUAGCACAACAACACGCGAUGAAUUACACCGCUUGCUGCCUUCUAUGAAGUAGAACAUUAUGCCACACAAGGUGUAAGUUCUAUUCUCGACACUGCUUGUCCGGUUGUAUACUAUCCGCUACGGUACAUGACAAACAAAGGCCGACAUCAUUUCCUGGUGACAGACCGGUGCAUGAUGGCUGCAUCGAUGAUUGAUUCACGUGACCCUCCAAGCUGCAAGAAAGCACUUGAAAUGAAGAGCUCUCUUGCAUUUGCUUGGGACGGUACAAUCGAGUGCGUCAUUGUCCAUAUUUCGAAGACAACGGGAACAACGAAAACAACUAGAACAGACUUCAUUGACGAGAUAUCAAAUCACGACGAUCAGACUUCAUUGACGAGAUAUCAAAUCACGACGAUCAGACGAGCUUCCAUUACAAUAAAUCUGUCUACUAGUGGUAGAAUAAAUAGCUUGUGGUGGUAAAGUUGGGGCCUCAAGAAGUUUCCCUUCCUUCCAAACCGUGCUUAUUUUGAAAGGAUAGCAUCCUUGGCAGAGUCAAACGGUUUAGGAAGAUUUGCGACGGGGGAACCCUCACUUUCCUUCUUCACCCACGACGUUGCCUGCUUCAGAGCCACUUUGCCAAUAAAGUUUAUGAUAGGUUUGGGGACAGAUCCAGCCAUCUUAAUAUCACAGGCAUAGAAAACACGUGUGCAAUCAGGUUUGGAAGGGUGUUCCGCGACAUGCCAGUGUCCAGACACAUCAUCAAAAUCACUAGUCUUGUCAUAGUCCAAAGUCCAAGUCAUGGAUCCUUCUCUGGGGUGGAAAGUGUGAUCAUAAAAAGAUGUGUACUGAAGAGUUCGAGAGAGUCAGAAGAGAGUCAGAAAUUUUCUCAAUCCUAAGCAAGGUCUUCAAAGAUCAACUGGCUAUAUAGUGUUGAUCUGUUUUGUAUAAAACUCACCUUGUAUCCCGGCAUAACACCCAUGACCAUCUUGGUCUUGAUCUGGUAUUUUCCAUCCUUUUGAGGUGCCACUUUGUAGUUCUUGGAUUCCAAUACUUUGGCCACCUUUUUCUUGUAGUUGUCAAGGUCCAAAAUCUGGCUCCAGACAGCAUCUAGUGGCGCUUGGAUAUCUUGAACACAAAUGGCGCCCCCAGCUGGAUUAGGAUCGUUUGGGUCUGGCAUGGAUUGCUUCAUUACUGAUUUUCCUUCGGCGAGUUUCUUUUCUUCGCUCUUAUUCAAGGAAAGGCCCUCAAAUUUACCUGGUUUGUAGGGAGACAAAACAGGACCAUGGCCAUGGGGCUUAUUGUAGUCUUUCUUGGCAAAGGCGGACGAAUAAAGGACCAGUAGAAGUGCGGUGAAUAAAAGUCUUGUCAUGGUGGUGGAACGGUAGUUGCAGUAUUUCUUGGCUGAUGGUAAUUAGUAGUGAUGUAGCACUUUAGUUUUCAGCGAAGCAAGAAGGAUAGAUUUGUGAUGGAUAGCCUCGCUCUCGUCUUUUACGGCUGUUUUCAGAUUGUCUACGACGUGCCUCUUUGAUGAGGGGUGUGUUGUGUGUUGCCGACCGCUGAUGUCGUAUCUUUUGGCAAAUCAUUGGAUUUCGUUGUGGGCUUGAGUUCAGAUCUUGCUUGAUGGCAGCCAAACGAUGACGUAAGAGCCCGAUCACGAAUGAAAUCAGUUCGCGUUUUGCAACGGUCAA